GCGACUCUUGUCUGCGGGGCAAGUUUCGAAAGAACCCGCGCAGCUCAGCCCCUUCGCAUCUCCCGCCACCGGACUGUUCCAUUCCGAUCUCGGGGAGAGUCCUUGGUGCCCAUUGCGCACGGAGACCCCAACCACGAGCUCCUCUGCCCAGCAGACCUGAUGCUCAAAUUGGCUGAUAUAUUUAAUACUCCAAGUGAUGAUGAAGAUUUUCUUGGGUUUGGAGCGGAUGUUCCCAUGGAAACACUGUCACUGGAAGACAGCUGUGAGAGUUUUGAUUCACUAGAGUCAAGAAAAAAGGACAUUCAUUUUCAGCCCAAGCACCUGACUGAGAAACUGAGAGAGAUUUUCAGAGAAGACACAGAGUCAGAAAAUGAAGCGUUUGAAGGAUUUGAAGUAAAUGGAGAUGAUGAUAUGGAGGCAGUGGAAUCAGAUCCAGAAAAUGAUCCAUUAUCCUUGAUGGCAGCAGAACCAGAAGAAGAAGUGGCGGUGGAGGAAGGUAGAGGAAAUGCUUCCUCCAGGAGAAGUAGCUUUGGCCUUCGUGUGGCAUUGCAGUUUCCUACCAAGAAAUCUGCUGAGAAGAGGGCACCUAAAAGACGUUCUUCUAAGUUCUGCUUGAUGGACAGUAAACACCCUUGCUCUCUUACACAAAUAAAAAAUAAUAAAACUUGGAAAGUGGCAGAUCAGGAAGCAUCUUCAGGGUCUGAGGAAGAUUCUAAAGAGGAAGAUUCUAAAGAGGCAUCAAAUGAAAGCUCUAGUGCACUACUUAAAAGAGCCAUGAAUAUAAAAGAAAACAAAGCCAUGCUUGCUCAGUUAUUAGCAGAACUGAAUUCUAUACCUGACUUAUUUCCAGUGAAAACCCCUACCUCAACUCCUUCGAAACAGAAGAAAACGCCAAGGAGAAUGUUUUCAGAAGGCCAGAUAGAGCGUCGAACAAACCCAACCAGAAAUGCUCGUCCCCCGGAGAAAUUUGCCUUGGAAAACUUCACAGCUUCUGCUGUCAGAUUUGCAGAGCAGCUUAACAGUUUGAGACAACAAAAGCUCUUAAAGAAAAGACUAAAAGGGAGUGACAAUUUGGGCCCACCUAAAAGACGGAGAUCAUCAAAAUACGGUUCAAACCGAACAGUCGAAGAUAUUACAGACGAAGAUUUAGAAAACAUUGCAAUAACAGUUAAAGAUAAAAUCUACGAUAAAGUCCUGGGAAGCACAUGCCAUCAGUGUCGACAGAAGACUAUCGAUACUAAGACAGUUUGUCGUCAUGAAGGCUGUGGGGGUGUGAGGGGACAGUUCUGUGGACCAUGCCUACGUAAUCGCUACGGAGAAGAUGUGAAAGCAGCACUUCUAGACCCAGACUGGUUCUGCCCUCCAUGCCGUGGGAUCUGUAACUGCAGCUACUGUCGCAAACGUGAUGGUCGUUGUGCCACAGGAAUGCUCAUUCAUUUGGCAAAGUUUUACGGUUAUGAUAAUGUAAAAGAAUAUCUUGAAAGCUUGCAAAAGCAACUUGCUGAAGAUGAUUGAAAAUGCCAGAUUGCAAACCUUCUCAACUUUUCAUUUUUUUUUGUACUUACAGAAGUCGUUACUUUUAAAAAUGGAUGUUGUACAUAUGACAAAAUUUUCUCAGGAAAAUACCUGCUAAAGGAAUCUGUGUUGUGCAUUAUUUGCCACAGUAUGCUGCAAAAAACUUUGGAGACUAAAACAGCUUCCAUUCA